AUGUCUGGUUUUAGUGGAAGAAAGAUCUCGGGAAACGAGUAUGGCCCGAAUACAAGUUUCGGCAGCUCAGUGGUUGGCAAUAGCGCUGGAGCGGGAAAACGUGGGUUAGGGACUCUUAAAACCGAAUUAUUGAAUGAGCAAAAACAAGAGAUCCGAGAAGCGUUUUCGCUUUUCGACAUGAAUAACGAUGGUUGUUUAGAUUACCACGAGUUAAAGGUUGCCUUUCGAGCUCUUGGGUUUGAUUUACCCAAGAGUGAAGUGCUUCGUGUGAUCCAUGAAUACGAUACUGAUGAUCGGAAUUUAAUAACUUAUGAGAACUUCUUCCAAGUGGUGGGGGAAAUGAUGGUAAACAGAGAUCCAUUAGAAGAAAUCCGCAGAGCAUUCCGGUUAUUUGAUGAUGAUAACACCGGUAAAAUUAGUCUUCGAAAUUUGAGGAGAGUAGCAAAGGAAUUGGGAGAGAAUUUAUCAGAUGAAGAAUUACGGGCCAUGAUCGAUGAGUUUGAUCUAGAUGAAGAUGGAGAAAAGCAAUAUGCCAAACCUUACUUAGAGGAGCAAAAUACCAGGAUAAAAGAAAUGUGUGACGUUGUUUUAGGUUCACAAUGGGGUGAUGAAGGUAAGGGUAAGCUUGUGGAUAUCCUUUGUGAUGAUAUUGAUGUAUGUACUAGAUGUGCUGGUGGUAAUAAUGCUGGUCAUACCAUUGUUGUUGGUGAUGUCAAGUAUGAUUUCCACAUGUUGCCAUCUGGUUUAGUUAACCCUAACUGUCUUAACUUGUUGGGUGCUGGUGUUGUUAUUCACGUUCCUUCCUUCUUCGAAGAGUUGGAAAAUUUGGAAAAGAAGGGUUUAGAUUGUCGUGAUCGUUUAUUUGUAUCUUCCAGAGCUCAUUUGGUUUUUGAUUUUCAUCAAAGAACUGAUAAGUUAAAGGAAGCUGAAUUAUCUACCACUAAGAAAUCUAUUGGUACUACUGGUAAGGGUAUUGGUCCAACUUAUUCUACCAAGGCUUCAAGAUCAGGUAUUAGAGUCCACCAUUUGGUGUCUGAAGAACCUGAAGCUUGGGAAGAUUUCAAGACUAGAUACCACCGCUUGGUGCAAUCUAGAUAUAAGAGAUAUGGUGAAUUUGAUUAUGAUGUUGAAGCUGAAUUACAAAAGUAUGAAAAGUACAGAGAAGCUUUGAGACCAUUUGUUGUUGAUUCUGUUGCUUUCAUUCAAAAGGCUAUUGCUGAUGAGAAGAAAAUUUUGAUUGAAGGUGCCAAUGCUUUGAUGUUGGAUAUUGAUUAUGGUACUUAUCCAUACGUUACUUCAUCAUCUACUGGUAUUGGAGGUGUUAUCACUGGUAUGGGAGUCCCACCUAAGAAUAUCAGAAACGUUUAUGGUGUUGUUAAGGCUUAUACCACCAGAGUCGGUGAAGGGCCAUUCCCUACUGAACAAUUGAAUGCCGAUGGUGAAAAAUUACAAACCAUUGGUGCUGAAUAUGGUGUCACUACCGGUAGAAAGAGAAGAUGUGGUUGGUUGGAUUUGGUGGUGUUGAAAUACUCCAAUGCCAUCAAUGGAUACACCCAUUUGAAUAUCACCAAAUUGGAUGUUUUGGAUACCUUCGCAGAAAUCCAAGUUGGUGUUGCUUAUAAAUACAAUGGUAAGAUCCUCGAUUCAUUCCCAGAAGAUUUGUUCAAGUUGGGUAAGGUUGAAGUUGUAUAUGAAACCUUGCCUGGUUGGGAAAAGGAUAUUACUGGUGUCAAGACCUACGAAGAAUUACCAGAGAACGCUAAAAAGUACUUGGCCUUCAUUGAACAAUACUUGGGCGUACCUGUUAAAUGGGUUGGUACUGGUCCUGCCAGAGACUCGAUGUUGGAGAAGAGUGAUUAA